UUCUCGCAGGGGGAUCAUGGACAAGGACCAGCAGAAGGUCGUUGCCACGUGGAUCGGCCGGAUGGAGGGCGUCAACCACAAGAACGUGAAGAAGGCGCUGAAGGAACUCACUAAGGAAGUCAAGUCCAUCGUCCCGUCGGCCGGCACGCUCUAUGGGAUCUGUGAGAACUUCGAUACUUAUCAGCAUGGAGGUCUGUUUCCGCUGCUACACCUGAGUGAAGAUUCGGGCGUCGUGAACAAAUUUCUGAACACAGACAGCUUUCUCGAAAGCGACGUGUUGGGCCCCGGCAACAUGGUGGACCAAGGCGUGUUUGAGGAAGUGGCUUGCAUCACCCCGCAGAUCCAAGGGUCUGGCACAACGAACUCUGUCAUGGCUGUUUCUGCCUUUAAGAGCAUAGACGCAUCACCCAACGCAAAGCUAAUUAAAGAAUGGAAGCAAUGGACGGGUGCAAGAGCUUUCCUGCAAGACAUAGUAAUGGCGGGGUUAGAGUGCACCAAGAUCAGGUUCCUCGUCAAAGUAGCCCCGACGGAGGAGCCUGAGGGAUUCUACUACAUAUUAACGACUGAGGUGCCCAUCCGCGAACCCUCAGACGAAGGGCUGUUCGUCGACACCCUACAGCGCUUCAGGGUCGAGCGCUGGUUCGGCUACAACACGGUUUAUCGCAAGAUUGGGUAGCCAUCUCCUGAAGAAUCGGAAGAAGGCUUUCCCUCCUCCGUCUCCUGAAAAACCUGAAGAAGGAUUUCUUUCUCCAUCUCCUUGUUCUUCUUCUCCUUAUCAUCUUUUUCGAUUCGUUUUCUUGUGUGUGUAUUUUCAGGGUUCACUUACACGAUUGUUUUUGUUUUCUUUUAUAUAUAUAUUCUUUAUACAUAAUUUUGAAUAUAUGAAUCUGUAUGCGUACACAUGACUGUGUGUAUGUGUGUGUGUAUCUUUAUACAUAUAGGAGAGAGGACAGAGAGCAUAUGCGUUAAUGCAAUUCUGUAUAUUCACGCAUAUGUAUAUAUUUAUG